AUGCUUGGAAACGAUGCGCAUCACAUAUCGUCUGAUUUCGGUCCUUUAUUCCACUACCAGUAUCGUUUGAUACUGAUCGGUGAUUCUACAGUCGGAAAGUCUAGUUUGCUGAAAUACUUCACCGAAGGAAAGACCGCCGAGAUUAUCGACCCUACAGUUGGUGUGGAUUUUUAUGCGCGUAUGAUUGAGAUCAAACCAGGAUAUCGCGUAAAAUUGCAAUUAUGGGAUACAGCCGGGCAAGAGAAAUUCAGGUCAAUAACGCGUUCGUAUUAUCGUAACUCAGUUGGUGUGAUCGUUGUCUAUGAUAUUUCAAAUCGUGAAACGUUUGAGCAUGUUGCACAAUGGUUGAAUGAGGCUGAAGCAAAUGUUGGUGGACCGCAGCCGGGACAGUGUGUAUUCCAAUUAGUGGGGCAUAAGGCUGAUUUGAAUGCCGAAAGACAGGCUGGUUUUGUUUGCUUCGUUCGAAGUUGCUUGCUUGAGUUCGGCAACUAA